GCUGUUCCCAGGUUUAAGCUCGGCAACUUCUUCUCACCUCAACCCUCCCACUUCGUCCUCUUUUCCUUUUUCUCCUCCAUAUUCUUUUCUUGCGAUACCCCCAAUUAGCAUCUCCUCUCCGUCCACAAUGUUGGCUACGCGACAGGUUUUGGGCAUGGCCCAGCGGCGAGCAGUCGCCUCGCUGGGCAUCCGCCGCAUGGCAACCGUGAGCGACCACCCUCUCGACAAGAAGGUGAAGCAGAAUAUCCACGAGGAGGGCAACUUCAUCAACUACAAGAAGAUGUCUGAGAACUUGGCUAUUGUUCGUCAGAGACUGAACAACCGCCCUCUCACCUUCGCCGAAAAAAUCCUCUACUCACAUUUGGACGACCCUCACGGCCAGGAAAUCGAGCGGGGUGUAUCAUAUCUCAAGCUUCGCCCAGAUCGCGUUGCUUGUCAAGAUGCUACCGCUCAGAUGGCCAUUCUCCAAUUCAUGUCAGCUGGUAUGCCUUCGGUGGCUAACCCCACUACCGUUCACUGUGAUCAUUUGAUUGAGGCACAAGUUGGCGGGUCAAAGGAUCUUACCCGUGCUAUCGACAUUAACAAGGAGGUUUACGAUUUCUUGUCCUCAUCCUGCGCAAAAUACAACAUUGGUUUCUGGAGACCCGGCUCUGGUAUCAUCCAUCAGAUUUUACUCGAAAAUUAUGCUUUCCCAGGUGGUCUGUUGAUCGGUACAGACUCGCAUACACCUAAUGCUGGUGGUCUUGGAAUGUGCGCUAUUGGUGUCGGUGGAGCUGAUGCUGUUGACGUUAUGGCCAACCUUCCUUGGGAAUUGAAAGCACCAAAGGUUAUUGGUGUCAAGCUCACCGGACAAAUGUCUGGAUGGACUACACCAAAAGGUAUUUAAAUGAACUUUCCGGACCUCUUUUGAAACCCACUAAGUCUCCUUCCAGAUAUCAUUCUCAAAGUUGCUGGCAUUUUGACUGUGAAGGGUGGAACUGGAGCUAUCGUUGAAUACCACGGUCCUGGUACCGAGACCUUGUCCGCAACUGGAAUGGGUACAAUCUGUAACAUGGGAGGUAUGUUCGCUGUUGAGAGCAAUUUUUUAUUUUCGGUUUGUGGGAAGUUUCUGAAUCCACUUAAUUGCUUUGAAAUUGGGGCAGAAAACCGCUCCUUGGAACAAUUUGCCGCGCCUCGCUCUCAGAUUUCUUUUAGCGCAAGAUACUGACAUUUGUGUAGCCGAAAUUGGUGCCACCACUUCCCUUUUCCCAUUCAACGACCGAAUGUACGAUUACCUUGCCGCCACCAAGCGUAAGGAUAUUGGCGACUUCUCCCGUGUUUACGCCAAGGAGCUCAGAGAGGAUGCGGGUGCUGAGUACGAUCAGCUCAUUGAGAUCAACCUUUCUGAGUUGGAGCCACACAUCAACGGUCCUUUCACCCCAGAUCUAGCAACCCCAAUCUCCAAGUUCAGUGAGGCCGUAAAGGCAAACAACUGGCCUGAGGAGUUGAAGGUUGGUUUGAUUGGUUCUUGCACAAACUCAUCCUACGAGGAUAUGUCUCGUGCUGCUUCAAUUGCCCGUGAUGCGCUCGACCACGGUAUUAAGGCUAAAUCCCUUUUCACCAUCACUCCUGGUUCCGAGCAGAUUCGCGCCACAAUUGAGCGUGAUGGACAACUCGCUACCCUCGAGGAAUUUGGUGGAAUGGUUCUUGCCAAUGCAUGUGGUCCAUGUAUUGGUCAAUGGGACCGCAAGGACGUCAAGAAGGGAGAUGCUAACUCCAUCAUCUCAUCAUACAACCGAAACUUUACUGGUCGUAACGAUGCCAACCCAGCGACCCACUCUUUCGUCACUUCUCCAGAUCUAGUUGUUGCUAUGACCAUUGCAGGUUCCCUCCACUUCAACCCUCUCACCGAUAAGCUAAAGGGCAAGGACGGAAAAGAAUUCCUCUUGUCCCCACCAACUGGGUUAGGACUGCCAGUCGGCGGAUACGAUCCAGGACAAGACACUUACCAAGCACCACCAGCCCAGCGCGAUGCUGUCAACGUUAUGGUGUCACCAACCAGUGAUCGUCUUCAGCUUUUGAGCCCUUUCAAGGCAUGGGAUGGAAAGGAUGCUGCCGAUCUCCCUAUUCUCAUCAAGUGCCAAGGAAAGACUACUACUGAUCACAUUUCUAUGGCCGGUCCUUGGCUCAAGUACCGUGGACACUUGGACAACAUCUCCAACAACAUGUUGAUUGGUGCUACCAACGCUGAAAACGGAGAGGCCAAUAAGAUCAAGAACUUCACCACUGGAACCUACGAUGCUGUCCCAGCAGUCGCCAGAGAUUAUAAGAAGAAGGGCAUCCCAUGGGUUGUCGUUGGUGACUGGAACUACGGCGAGGGAAGUUCAAGAGAACACGCUGCUCUUGAGCCAAGACAUCUUGGUGGUCUUGCCAUCAUUACCCGAUCAUUCGCUCGUAUUCACGAGACCAACUUGAAGAAGCAGGGUAUGCUUCCUCUUACUUUCUCUGACCCAGCAGACUAUGACAAGAUUAACCCAACCGACAAGGUAAGCUUUUCAUGAUCUUUCAAAACUUGAUUAAUACUUAUCAAUUGAUAGGUUGACCUUCUAUGCACUGAACUUGAGGUUGGAAAGCCAAUGACCCUCAGAGUCCACCCUAAGGAUGGCAAGACAUUCGACAUCAAGCUCUCCCACACCUACAACGCUCCACAAAUUGAGUGGUUCAAGAACGGAAGUGCGCUUAACACUAUGGCCAAGGCUAAUGCUUCUUAAGUAAAAUGUGUAUUUUUGAAGCGGGAAUGGGGAACCGGAGUUUUGGGGAUAUCAAUCCUUCUGUACUUUACUCAUGCAACGUGGGAUGUUUCUUUUUUUAGUUUGUGCAUAUUUGAUUCUUUAUGCUUCCUAGAAACUCUGUAGUGUUAUAUAUGCGACCAUGAUCUAAGAAACCAAUUGUCAAAAUUCAAAUGGCCUUCUUACGUGAAUCUUUAAAUUCAUUUCUGGCGACAGUUCUUACUGAUAUA